AUGGUGAUGAUGAUGGCUUCCGAGCCAUUAGAAAGAUCAGAUUAUGAUUGUUGUAGUGAUGUUGGAGGUAGGGGUGGUCAGCAUUCGACGAAUACAACAUUGUUAAGAUCACAUGCUACUUCUAAAGGUGUACUGCUGUCAUCGUCUUCAUUAUCCAAUGUAUCGUUUCAACCUUGGGUAUCACCCUCACAGAGUGCAUUUCCUUCAGUGAAUAAUCCAUCUCUGUCAUCAACCACCACUAUCCCGUUGAUGAAUCGACAUGACGCAACAAUGUUUUCAACAACACCAAGUUUAUGA